AAUUAUUAUUCAGGUUCCUGUUGGGGGGGUUGCUGGUCAAACGGAGUCUUGUGCUGCUGCUAUGAAAUCGAAAUUAACUUGAAAACGCGUGUAUAGACGACUUUUUUUAUAUGAGGAGUUUAUUUCUUUAGACACGGUGUAAGCGCAGGAUACAAUUUCUAAUUGUUUAUUGAGAGAUUGUUCCGAGUUUCGCCGUGCUUUUUACACGCGGAUUACAUUAGCGGCCUACGGCUUCCACCGACCAGGAAAAUCCGCGGAUCACGUUUUGGCCUUCGGUCGGUUCGAGACCAGAGCUUAUUUUAACAUCUUUUAAAGGAAGAGAAUUAACCCGAUUCUAAUGCCAACUUGUGUCAAGAGAAACAGAAAGGAGUGACCACGUAGGACGGAAUCCAGUGGAACUGGUGUGUCUCUCUUCUUUCAUCUUGUUUUUCACGUUUGGAGGAUGCCCACAUACACAGUGUUCUGAGCACGUUUUGGAGCUGGCGAGUGCUCCUGGAGGUUCGAGGUGUAAUACAUCUCCCAUUUCUCACCUGUGGUGGUCCGACUGAGCCGUCAAAAUAAGUUCCUCGUUGCCCCCCCACUUGUCGCAUCGCGGCCAGUCCAGCAACCCCUUCCCCCUGGAUUCACACGCCAAGCGGUCCCACUACGGCACCAAGCUGAAUCCGUACACGCGGGCGCGGAUGACUGAGGCGUGGCAGCAGCAUGCUGUUGCCCCGCCUCCUGUCGUCCACGCCAUCCCGCCGGGGGCAGAGAAUGCGCUCGGAUGCGCCGUGUAUGGCAUCGUGCUGCAGCCGGACGCUCUGCAGUCACAGCAGCAGCAACAGCAGCAGCAACAUCACAGCCAGCAGCACAGCCAGCAGCAGCAGCACCCGGCUCAGGCGCAGCAGCCUUCACUGCAGGUCGGGAGCGAAGGAGGCCACAAAUGCGGCGCGUGCGGCCAUGACAUCUCGCAUCUGGCCAAUCCGCACGAGCACCAGUGCAUGGUAAGCCAGGACCGCUCGUUCCAGUGCACGCAGUGCCUGAAGAUCUUUCACCAAGCCACGGACCUCUUGGAGCACCAGUGCGUGCAGGUGGAGCAGAAGCCGUUUGUAUGUGGUGUGUGCAAGAUGGGCUUCUCGCUGCUCACGUCGCUGGCACAGCACCACAAUGCCCACAACAGUGGAAAUCCCAUGAAGUGCUCAAUCUGCGAGAAGACCUACCGGCCUGGAUCUUCAGGAAAUGCCACACCGACUUCGUCAGGCAGCACCAAUCCUGCUCAGCCUUCCAGCGACGGUGCAUCAGCGAGCAGCAGCGCAGCGGUCGGUGCUUCUGGACAGCCUACCUUUGAGUCCUCCGCUCCUUACAGGCCCUACAAGUGCUCCGUGUGCUCGAAGGGUUUCCGUCAUCUGUCCGAGCUGACGCGGCACGAGCGUGUGCACACAGGCGAGAAGCCGUUCAAGUGCGAGACGUGCGACAAGAGCUUCAGCCAGCAGUCACACUUGCAGCACCACCAGCGCACGCACAGUUCGGAGCGACCAUUCAAGUGCGCAGUGUGUGAAAAGAGCUUCAAGCACCGCUCGCACCUGGUGCGGCACAUGUACGCGCACUCGGGCGAGCACCUGUUCAAGUGCAACGUGUGCGAGCUGCACUUUAAGGAGUCAUCUGAGCUUCUGCACCACCAGUGUCAGCCGCAGGGCGCACGGCCGUUCCGCUGCGCCACGUGCGGCAAGGGCUUCAAGCGGCCAUCCGACCUGCGCCAGCACGAGCGCACGCACUCUGAGGAGCGGCCGUAUCACUGCGACGACUGCCAGAUGAGCUUCAAGCAGCAGUAUGCGCUCGUGCGUCACCGCCGCACGCACACGGCCUCCGGAGACCGACCGUUCAAGUGCAACCUGUGUGACAAGGGCUUCCUGCAGCCGUCGCACCUGCUUUACCACCAGCAUGUGCACGGCAUGGACAACCUCUUCAAGUGCGCAUCGUGUGGCAAGGGGUUCAGCCAGUCGGGCGAGCUGCUACGGCACAAGUGCGGCGAGCCCUCGAGCACGCCCACCAACCCGGACAAGCCGUACAAGUGUGACGUCUGCGGCAAGGCUUACAAGAAAGCGGCCACGCUGCAGCGCCACCAAACCACACAUUGCAACGAGAAGCCUCUGAAGUGCUCGCUGUGUGACCGCCGCUUCCUCUCAUCAUCCGAGUUCGUGCAGCACCGUUGCGACCCCUCGCGAGAGAAGCCGCUCAAGUGCCCGGACUGCGAAAAGCGCUUCAAAUACUCGUCUGAGAUGAACCGCCACCGGCGUGUCCACACCGGCGAGAAGCCAUACAAAUGCGCCAGCUGCGAUAAGAGCUUCAAGCAGCGUGAGCACCUUGCCAAGCAUCAAAGCGUUCACUCCAGGGACGCGCAGUUCAAGUGUGUGUGGUGCGGAGAGCGAUUCGCUGAUCUCGGCUUGCUCCAGGAGCACACGGUCCAACACACUGCCGAAGGAGGCGGAUACCCGGUGUCGUCUCUCAUUCAGUAACCCUCGGGUUGUUUUCUCUUGUUUUUAGACAGCUCCAAAUACUAAGCAAGUGGUAUAAUCACCUCAUUACCUACAUAUACAUAAACGCCUUCAUUAUUCCGUUGUAUACCAUUUCAUCUUGGACAAAGCAAUAGGUGCUGAAAAUUAGAAGCAUCGCUCACCUUCCAGCCUUGAUUUAAAGCUUGAAUUGUUACAAUUCAAGGGAAAAUAAUGAAGGACAAAAACUUUCCAAGGUGAGGAAGAGCAAGAGAGGAUAGUUGUUGUUUCAUAGCUGUGAGAGAUGAAGAAAUGGCUCACCUUUGGAGUCUUUAUGCCAGUCUAUCAGUUUGGUAUUCAAUUUGAUCAAUCUUUUAUCCGUCAGAGCUCUGGACUUUAUAUUUAAAAAAAAAAAAAAAUGGGGGGGAAAAAAUCUAGUUAACAGUAGCUAGUGCAUUUUUAGAUAUACUUUGUGUGCUUUCUUUUGAGUUUCAUUUGCAGCUACAGAUUCUUUCCUUCCAAUCAAGAAUGAAUUGAUGGGAGACUGGUCAGUCCCUAGCCACGCUCUGACAUGAAGAAUACUGUAUAUAUGUUUCAACUUGUAUCGCCUGCUUCUAGACACCUCAGCUAGACAUAGCUGACCAGAUGUUCCGAAACAGCUGGGGGUUAGCCUAUAUUGUGCUAUUACGAUAUUAUGAACUAUUCAUGCUGUCUGUAAGUGUGUGUCGUCGUAUAUGUGUGCCCUUCGAUGUGGCAGAAAUUGUAUGUACCAAAAAAAAAAGAAAAAAAACAAAGUACUGUAUGACACCCCAGAAGGGCAUGUUGUUAACCAGGUAGUCCAUCACCGUCUCUGCAUUUCACUGCAAUAUACAUAAAUAUAUACGAUAUAGAAAUAUAUACAUCACUCAUGUAUACAUGCAUACAGUUCAUAUUCCCACAAGUGUGACUGUCCUGAAGCAGCUUUGUGUUACUGUAAGUACAUAGGUUAGUAUGUAUGCAUCAUGUUUUCUAGUCUUGUCUUUAGUCUUUCCUAAAAACUUUUAUAGAUUUUUUUUAUUAUGUGGAACUCUUUCUCAAAUUAUCCUUUUUUUUUUUUCCUUUUUCUCUUGCUUUGUAGAUUCUUAGGCAUUUGAUGAUAAUGAUGGUGUCAUAUGAGAGUAGUUUGUGCACCCUGUUGAUUUGUGACGAGGAGUCCUAUUAUUAUUAUUAUUAUUAUUAUUAUUAUUAAUUUACCCACAUUCAGAGCCGGCUUUGAGAAUUGGUCUACGUCACAACCUCCCUUAGUGUCGGCCAGACUUUGAAUACAAUUCAUGUUUUCUCUGUACAGUAGCAUGUGUGAGAUUUCUACAGCCUGUAUAGAUUUAUUAUAUUUCCUGUUUACUUGCCUGCAUUUAUACUGUAAAAUGACGCCCCACGUCGUCUUUUUGUUUUGGUAUUUUGGAGAACGAAUUUUUUCGCCCCAUGAUGUAAGAAGGGAAAAUAUGCUUAGCACCUAUACAGGUUGAUGUAUUCGCAGCCCCCCCCCCCCCUCCCCCCCGUAUAUAUGUUGUUUAGUUUAAUUCACUUAUGUUACAAUAGUUAAAAAGUCAUAUUCUUUAGCUCCCUAGGCCUUGAGCGACUGUGGACGUGAAUGCAGAAUAAGCGUACACAAAUCUCUACAGCACGAAUUUUGAACUCCAAGGUGACUCUGGUGGUUUUUCACAAGCAAGGCUGUGUGGCGCUUUGGGUUUCCCUCCGUUUUCACGUGACUGUGAUUGAUGAGCAGGCCUCUGAGGGCUGUGCAGUAUUAUAAUUAACGCGUGGCGUAUGGAGGUCGGAGCUCUAGAUACAUUUGGCCUUAAAAGCAUGAGCGAUUCAGGGUGUAUCCAUAGCCUCCAUGUUUAUAUUGUGGUCUUUAGGUUUUUUUAUACAUAUAUUUUACAUAUACAUUCUUAAACGUUUGUGUUUGUUUCAAGAGGUGUGGUUUUUUUUUUUCCCCCCAGGCAUUAAAAGUUUGACUCAAAGGGGACUUGGUUGGGAUUUGAGAGAAAAAAAAUCUAUGCCUUUUUUUUUUUUUUUUUUUUUUUCCUUCACAUUUGCAUUGUAUAUUCUUUUUUUUUUCUUUUUUUUUUAAUUAAUAUUGUUUAAAAUUUCUAUAUAAAUAUAUAUACUUGGUGGGAGGGUCAGGGCCACAGAGGAAGGGAUGCUGGGUAAUGAGGUUGAAGGGGACAUUCUAGGUUGACGUGAGUGAUUUUGGCGUGUACUCCCCUUCCUCUGCGGUCCUGUACUCUGCCUCGUGCAUGCCUGCUGUUCGUUCCUGUAAUCUGUUUUAAAAAUGUUUGUGCUCCACGGCACACUUUAACUCCUCUUUAGCUUUUUUCAAAUUGUAGAUUGUGGAUGAGUUAGUAAGAAAAAUUUCAUGUGGAGAUGGAUGUGACAUUCAUGCUAAAUAUCUGUAUGUAGCAUUUAAUAUACACAGCACUAACUAAUAAACUUUCUCAUUAAUAACGU